AUGGACGAACUCCUGUCGAGAGUGACGCAGCAGGCGGUCCAGUACGCCAUCCGAUCAGGCAUAACUAUCACGACGGGAUAUGCCAUCAAGUCGGCCGCUCGACUGUUGAAGGAGGCGCCGCGAGGAAAGGAGAGGGAGGAAUUGAUGGAGCUACAACUCCGUCUGGAGAGCAAGAUCAAGGUAAUUUCGCCAUCCAUCGACAUGAUUGAAUUGAUCGCUGCGCGUGGCAACACUUCUCUCGAGUCCGCUGUCUCCCUCACCAAGGACAUUCGCUAUGAGCUUCAGAAGCUGGGCGUUCGCCUCAACGCAGCCGCAGAAGAGGAGGCCCUUCUCCGCCGAAAGAGCAGCAAGGCCAAGACACGCAAUGAGACUGACCAUGAACUGCGCGCAAUCAUUGCGCAAGUCAAGCGCGUACUGAACCGCAUCGAGGAUGCUGUGCCACUGAUCAAUCUCGCCAUCACGACUUCAGGUGUCAAUCUGUCGACGCAAUUAUCCGGCAGCAUCAGUCCGAGUAGAUUGCUACAAUCAUCGACCUUUCUCACAGCAGCCGAUCACAGCUACAACACCUCGCCCACGGAUCGCCAGCAAGUAGGUCCUACAUACAUCCUGACCAUGUACAUGCUGUUCGCCGGGCAUGUACGACCUGUCGAUGAACACGGCGUGCGCGAGACCACUUGGAAGGAAGUCAUUCACAAGGCGAGAGUGAAGUUGUGGAGGAUCCCGAUUGAUCAGAUGUAUGCAUUGCCAGGCGAGACUGAUCAGCAAGAUGCGCCAGUAAACAUCAUGCCCGGAGAAGCCAAAGCCUCGGAGUACGCCUAUCAACUGGGUAUCGUCGAGGAUCUAGAUGACGAUAGGAUGCACACAUUCGAGGACGGCGAAGCUCAACCAGGAUCUUUCGAUGAUGUCGCCAAUGCGGGCAUUCGAGAUAUUGUUCCCAUUCACGAGAUCUCCAAGAUCUUUUACGCCGAUACCGGAAAGAUUCUGAACAUCGGCAGCGAUGGAGAUGCAUACAGCCCAGUGCUCCUCCUCAAACGAGACGUACACGCAGAGCCACCUCAAAAGAUGCUUGACCGAUCAGAGUCUCGUGCUUCCUUCUUCCCUGAAAAUAGUGUUAACGGACACGAAGAAGAGCUCUCGGAUCAGUUCCACAUCGACGCACAGUUCGAUCGCGAGUCAACACCAAUCGCACACACACAAGAUCCGCCGCCCUUCGAUUCCUCGUCUUGGCGUCUCCCACCCGAUCUCGAUCCCGAAUGGAUGGCCUUCGAGGUCUACACUGAAGACGCUUCGUCGUCCACCUCAUCUCCGUCAUCAUCACCACCUACGUCGCGCCCUACCUCCUCGCAUGAAUCAGAUCUGCACAACAGAUUGACCGACCUCAGCCUCCACGAGUCGCCCAAGAAAAUGUCGCAACCCACGAUCAAGACAUCACUCUCUCUUCUCGAACUCCUUCUCAAACUCACGGCCCUUCAACAAUUCCAACAACAAUCUCACCUCUCCAUCCCGGACGAACUUCUCAACUUCUUCCUUUCCGACUCUGCCACAGCAGGCAGUGGAGCUGACAAGAACUUGCGCCAGAAGGUGCGCUUGGAUGCAACGAGACGUGUCGGCUUCGACCCAUACGACGAGAGUCCGGUGAAGCGGAGAACAGAGGAGUACAUCGGUGGAUUUCAAGACGGAGUGGAGAGUGCACAUGGAUCGAGGCAAGGCACACCGGCAGGAAAUGGCAAUGGGGCAGACCACCUCGAAGCAGGUCAGGACCAAACAUGGGAAGAUCUCCUAUCGCAACGGCUCUCAGCCAGUACCCGCGCAUCCGCCAGUCCAGGCUCUGUGCGUCCAAGCAUCGAGCGCAUCGAGUCCGAGCGGAGAAGGAGAUUUGGGCAGACGCCUGAGCGGAGUUCGCCUGCGAAUAUGCGAACGACGCCAAAGAGCGGUGGUCCGACAUCAGCACAUUUGGCUACACCGCCGAGUCUGGGCCCGACACCAUCGAAGGGCAGAGCGCAAGUCUUGGGGAAUGGGGAGAAGAAGGAGAGGAUCGGAAGCCCGCUGAGAGGAUCUGUAAUUGAGUGA